AUGGCAGCGGUUUCGUUGAUUUUAAGUUGUUUCGUCUCGAUUUUGCUGUUGACUGAGCGAGUUAACUCAGAGUCACUCCAGGAGAAACAAGCACUCCUCGCCUUCCUUAAGCAGGUUCCUCACGAGAACCGUCUUAAGUGGAACGAGUCAGACUCAGCCUGCAACUGGGUUGGAGUGGAAUGCAACUCGGACCGGUCUUCCAUCUACUCUCUCCGGUUACCAGGUACCGGUUUAGUGGGUCAGAUCCCAUCCGGAUCGAUAGGGAAACUGAGUCAACUCCGAGUUCUUAGUCUUCGGUCUAACCGUCUCUCGGGUCAGAUCCCUCCAGAUUUCAGAAAUCUCACUCAUCUCCGGAGCCUAUAUCUACAACAUAACAAAUUCUCCGGGGAGUUCCCGGCGAGUAUUACACAGCUAACAGGCUUGAUUCGUCUCGAUAUCUCUUCUAACAACUUCACUGGACCGAUUCCUUUUGCAGUCAACAAUCUCACUCUCUUGACGGGUCUCUUCCUCGGAAACAACCGAUUCUCCGGGAACCUUCCGAGCAUCACUGCCGGUUUAACCGAUUUCAACGUCUCCGACAACAACCUAAACGGUUCUAUUCCUUCUUCAUUGUCUAAAUUCCCCGCCGCAUCGUUCACAGGAAACGUAAAUCUCUGUGGUGGUCCGUUAAGGCCUUGCAAAUCCUUCUUCAUAUCUCCAUCUCCCUCUCCGUCGUCAUCGGAUGCUCCCUCACGUUUAUCCGGCAAGAAAUCAAAGCUGUCCACGGCGGCUAUUAUUGCAAUCUCCGCAGCGAGCGCGUUAGCAGGUCUUCUUCUUCUAUUAGCUCUCGUUUUAUUCUUCUGCUUAAGAAAACGACGAGGAAGUCGAAAGGGACAGACGAAACCGAGGGAGACAACGGGAAACGUCCCUGCCACAAUUCCUCCGGCGGGAGCUUCGUCGUCUAAGGAUGUUACAGGGACAUCAUCCGGAAUGGGAGAGAGGAAUAAGCUUGUUUUCACGGAGGAGGAGUUUACAGUUUCGAUUUGGAAGAUUUGUUGA